AAGCAAGUGGCCAAAGCCGCAAAAGGAAGGAAGGAUAUCCCAGCCAUUGAAAGAAAGCUCAAGAAGGAAGUCGAUAGAGAGAUGAAGGGAGAGACAAUGGACGGGAGCAAAGGGCCGGUGGUGGUGACUGGAGCGUCGGGUUUCGUAGGGUCGUGGCUCGUCAUGAAGCUCCUCCAGGCCGGGUACACCGUCCGGGCCACCGUGCGCGACCCGGGUGAGCGCCCCCUCCCUCUCUCUCUCGACGUGGUAGCUAGCUUGACCGCAUUCGUAAUUUGUUUUUGUGUUUUUAUCUCAGCCAACGUUGAGAAGAACAAGCCGUUGCUGGAGCUUCCCGGAGCCAAGGAGCGGCUGUCCAUCUGGAAGGCCGACCUGAGCGACGAAGGCAGCUUCGACGACGCCAUCGCCGGCUGCACCGGCGUCUUCCACGUCGCCACGCCCAUGGACUUCGACUCCAAAGAUCCCGAGAACGAGGUGAUCAAACCCACGGUGGAAGGGAUGCUGAGCAUCAUGAGGGCCUGCAAGGAGGCUGGCACCGUGAAGCGCAUCGUCUUCACCUCCUCCGCCGGCAGCGUCAACAUCGAGGAGCGGCAGCGGCCAGCCUACGACCAGGACAACUGGAGCGACAUCGACUUCUGCCGCCGCGUCAAGAUGACAGGAUGGAUGUACUUCGUGUCCAAGUCCCUCGCAGAGAAGGCCGCCAUGGAGUACGCCAGCGAGAACGGCCUGGACUUCAUCAGCAUCAUCCCCACGCUCGUAGUCGGCCCGUUCCUCAGCGCCGGCAUGCCGCCCAGCCUCGUCACCGCCCUGGCGCUCAUCACAGGGAAUGAAGCCCACUACUCGAUCCUGAAGCAGGUGCAGCUGGUGCACCUGGACGACCUCUGCGACGCCAUGACCUUCCUCUUCGAGCACCCGGAGGCCAACGGCCGCUACAUCUGCUCCUCCCACGACGCCACCAUCCACGGCCUCGCCAGGAUGCUCCGGGACAGGUUCCCCGAGUACAGCAUCCCGCACAAGUUCGCAGGCGUCGACGACGACCUCCAGCCCAUCCACUUCUCCUCCAAGAAGCUCCUCGACCACGGCUUCAGCUUCCGGUACACCGCCGAGGACAUGUUUGACGCUGCCAUCCGCACCUGCAGGGAGAAGGGCCUCAUUCCGCUCGGAGACGCCCCGGCGCCUGCAGCUGCCGGCAAGCUGGGAGCUCUUGCUGCGGGCAAAGGCCAAGCCAUUGGUGCCGAGACAUAAUAAGCCAGCGCUGCUGCAUGAAUACUAUUCUUGUGUUCGGAAUUUGCAUGGGCAGAGCCCUGUAACUAGUGGGAUAUCAUGGACUAUGGAGUGCAUCAAAUUUUUUUCACCUCGGCAGUAGUAUGAAAUAAAAUUGAAAAUAACGCAUAAACUUUAUCAGUAUUA